GUAAAUUUCAGUAAACGUUGGAUGUGACUGUAACUUAAGCGGACAGACUGUUCAAGUUCUGUUGUUCUUUUAUGCCCUGUUGGGAAAAUUUUAUAGUAAAAAUAUGGAGUAAAUUAAACGACAGUGAUAUACAGAGCAUACUGUUUGAAGAAAAUUAACAAGUUCACUGUACAAAUGGCAGGCUCAUCUUUGAGCUGGAAUAUCCUCAGUUUGCUGUUUCUUGCGGGAGUUGUACUUUCCUCUCCAGUAGACGGUGAAGAUGAAGGGGACAAUUUACUAGUAGAAUCCACUGUCCGCGAAGUGCGAGCACUACCUCCACCAGGUUUUGAUCUACUGGCUGCUGGCACGGGCGGUCACUACGGUUCCCAUGCUGGUGGAGGAGGCCAUGGAGAUGUAGGGUACUUGCGCACCAAGGACAGCAAAGGUGACGACGGUUACCAAAAGUUUGACAGCUACCACAAGAAGGACGGAGACGCAUAUGGCUACGAAAAGCAUUCUUCCUUCGGUAAUGCCCAUGGCGGUGAGACUGGAGGCAAGUACCACCACAGCGGCUCCUACAAGGACGGGCACAGUGGAGGAGGUCACUACGAGGGCGCGCACUCUGGGGCAACUAAUGAUGGUGGCCACGCAGUAGGGAAUGAAGGCGCAGGAACAGAGCAGAAGGAUCAUGAGGGCGCUGGUACUGAGGGAGAAGGGUACUACAGCGCCGCAUUGACGGACGGCGAACAUCAUCACUACGGGGGUCAUGAUGGUGGGUCAGGAGAACACCACUCGGAACACUACUCAUCUGGCGACGUGGGUCACCACGGAGAUGGGGAACACCACAGCGCUCACUACACGUCGGAUGGGGGCGAGUAUCAUGGAGGCUACCAUCGCUGAUUCUACCACAACGAGAAGAAAACCUGAUAUAUUUUCAGUUGCGAUUUAAAUAAAUUGUCGAUGGCAAAUCGGGAAAAUGGAGUAACGGUAGAACAACUGCCCUCUACAAACAAUUUUUAAAUUAAGUACCUGAGAUGACUUUAUCGUAGCAAAUUAAUCACUGGGAGGUCAGUGAUUUUGGAAUCAUUAAGAAAGACCCUGAGUAUAAUGCAAUUAAUACCCGUUCUAAUCAUUGAAAUGUGCACAUAAUUAAUUAACAUCACAUUGUCUUAUUAUGUACGUACGGUAUUAAAAUCAAGUAGUACUAUCAAGAUGUCACGUUUUCUCAAAUGUUUAACGAAUUUCUCUGUUAAUUAUAGAUUUCAAUAUUAAAAGCUGCUAUCGUUAUGCAAUACUUAUUAUCACAGCAAAUACUUAUACACCACAAAUGUUUCGUAUUUUGGUUUCAGUGUUGCCAAGUAUUUCUUCCUCUGUUAUUGUUUCAUGCAAUCUGUGUGUAUGCUUUAACUGUAUACAUUUUACCAACUUCUUGUUAUUUAUUGUUAUUAAAGUUAUUAAUGACGACUA